AUGCUACUCCACAACACCGAGCGCAUGCUGGAUGCCUACGGCGUCUACGGCGCGGCGAACUCGACGCACAUGGUCGACUACUCGGUCAACGUGACCGAGGCCGACACGUUCGAGUACGUGUGGAUGACGACCAAGCACGUCGACAUGUCGUUGGAGCACGCGCGCGACCUCAUUCGCAUGUGGCUCCACCAGUACACGACCGGCGGUAUGUGGCGAAAAGCCUCGUCGACGCUCCUGGACGUCGAGCUCCUCUCGUCGCUGCCACGGACCACGUACUGCGAGACGAACAAGCUCGGGCCAGACGAGAUGGUGCGCUUCCUCAGUCGCGAGUUUCGCAGCGAGCACAAGAGCGUCCAUGUCGGUCAGAACAUCCACGCGGACGAACGCAGGCCGAUGCCGACGACGUUCCGCAACCGCGCCUUUUGGUAUGUCUUGGACCGCGCGGGACCGAAGGCGACCAAGGUGCAGAUGCUGCACGUGACGUCCCAUUUGCUCUCGCCGGCAGCCGAGCCGCUCGGGCUACUCCAAGAAGGCGCGCUCAUGGGCUGCGACCUCUCGAUGGUGCACGAAGUCGACCAGCUCGAGAAGCUCACGCACCACGCCAACCGCGCUGCUGCCAAGGAAGUCGAAGGUCUCGCGGCGUCGUUUGGACAUGGCGCCAAAAUGUUUGGCUACACGGGCGCGUUCCGGUAG